AUGCCCGAUAAACCUAAACGACAAUACAGUAGAGGAGGGUGCAGAGAGUGUAAACGACGCAAGAUCAAAUGCCUGGAGGAGAAACCAGCGUGUUUAAAUUGCACAAGACUAGAUAAAGAGUGUUCCUAUCCGAAACAAGGGGAAACAGUGCAACGAGUUUCAAAGAAAGUGUUGGAGAUGAAUUCUCGGCUAUAUAAUGUUCUUGGAGAAGGCAAACUGAUUUCAAGUUUGCAAGAACAAGAAACAGAACGAGAAAUUGGUGGUGGUAAAGGAGAAGCAAGAUUACUACGAGAAGUAAUCGAAAGACAACGAGCGCUACAUAAAAGGACCUCCUCCUCCAGGACGAAACGGAAACGACCAUUUACAAUCCAUAUAUAUAAUGGACCAGAAAGCAAAAGUAGAAAGAUAAAAUCCACAGUUGAGGAUGGAGAAACAACAACAAAAGAAGAGAAUAUGUAUUAUAACAAUGACCCUUUCACAAUACAAAGCUUGUACCUGAAUGCAUUUCAUACAAGUUCUUUUCCUCAAAGCAACUUGCGUGGUGUACAACAACAGCAACAGCAGCAACAACAACAACAGAGUCAAGGUGAAAGAGAAAUUGAAAGACAACAUACAUCACCUGGAACACCGCCCUUGACCUCACCACCAAUACAGCUUGCACAAACCCUGAUACCAGGACAGGCCCAGUCACUAGGGGCAAAUUCAUUACCCACUGUAAAUGACCUUGUCAACCCGAACCCUUUGCUACUUGGUGAUGUUUAUAGUAACGAUGAUUUGGAUAUAUUGGCAAUGGACUUGAACAAUCUUGUUAAUGACAUUAUGUUUACUUCCAAUAUUAGCUAUAACCCUGAACCAAAUCAAGUGCAGAAAAACUUACUUGAACCGGGCUUCAUCAUCUCAACACCAUAUUCAGAUGAUAUUCCCAAGCACAUUCCCAUAAACUACAUUACACUCAGCACAGAUGACGAAAAGCGCUAUCUCAAGGAAUUUUACGACAACUUUGCCAUGGAGAUCUUGCCAUUUGGGGCAUUUGAUAAAAAUACAGGACAGUAUUCAAAUCCAAUCAGAGAUGUGAUUAUGAAAUAUGCAUCAAAAGAACCAUUUUUGUUAUCGGCUAUCUUGUCGCAAGGAGCCAAACUAGCAGCAGAUAACACGGAAGACCUGUCGACAAAAAGGAAAGAUUUGGAAAACUGUGGCACUUAUCUAUCUGCAUGUUUGAAACUACUUGGACCAGCUUUAAGCAGAAACAGAGAUAAGCUGGUCAAAAACGACUUGACAUCAAAUAUCGAAAGUAUUCUCAUCACUGUGUUGCUUCUCACCUCGUCGAAUGCCACCACUGAAAAGCAGAGUUGGCGACCACAUUUAAAAGGUGCUAAGGAUAUAAUAGUCAAGGCCACAAGUAGUAAGAUUCGACUGUCAAAAACGUUAAUCUUGUGCAAGUUGUGGUUUGCUGAUUUUGAGAUUUUGGCAGGUUUGAGUUCCGACUUAGGCGGCACGCUAAGGACAAAGGAAGAGAUGAAUACUGUUUUUAAUUUUGACGAUGAAUAUGAAAAAUCCAUACUUAAACAGUUUGAUCUUAUUCAAGAUAAUGGAUUUAAUGUCAUGUCGGGAUACCAUGUAGACUGUAUAUCUUAUUUCAAACGUCUUUCAGAAUUGGUGAGACAAAAGCGAGAGAAUGAGAGGUAUUUAUCUGAAGACUCAUUUGAGUACUUGGAAUUGAUCAGUGGGUUUUACAAUCAGUAUAAUUUGACAUUCUAUGCUAGAGUGCCAUAUACUUCAUCUUCCACAACUUCUACUACAAACCCAUCCUCAUCAUCUUCACUGACAUCAUCUCCAACGAGUAAAGGAAAUUUGAUGGACACUAUUCAAAAAUUAGACGGAUCAUCGCUUAUUGUAAGCUGGAUGGAUAUUUCACAGCAAGCAUAUUCUUUGGCUGGCAUUAUUAGUGUAUUUACUGAAAUUUUAUUGAAUCCCCCAACUUCAAUACACAUCAAGCAAUUAGUGGCAAAGAUUGUUGGUUUAAUCGAGUGCUUUCAAGACACCAAGGAUUACAUGCAAAUGCAUUUUCCCUACGCUUUCCUGAUGAUCCAAUGGCCAAUUGCCAUUGCGGGAAUGAAUUGCACAGAGAAAAUGCAAUAUCCCGUUAUCGAAAACUUUUUCAACAUUUGUUGCCAGUUGGGUUCAUAUAAUGCAAAGUUUACACUUGAGCGGAUUAAGAAAUUUUGGGAAAUGCGUGACUCUGGCCAAGCAGUAGAGAAUGAACCGGAGACGCAUGAUAAGAUAGCGUAUUGA